AUGGCCACUGCUUUUUUCUUAGUCUAUGAACUCUUCAUCUUCAUGUCUUUCACCAUUUUCAUCUCCUUACCCUGCUUAACCAUCGACACCACUAUUACAAAUCCCAAACACGCCAAAUUUGGAUUUGCCGUAGAUCUCAUCCACCGUGACUCUCCCCUUUCUCCACUCUAUAAUCCCGAAACCACUUUUUGGGACAAAGCUGAGAAGUUAUAUGAAACCUCAAUUGCACGCUAUGCCUAUUUAACUUCCAAAAGAAGUAGUGAUCAAUACCGAACUGAUGUUAUCCCUAGUGGAUUUACAUACCUUGCAAAACUCAAUAUUGGCGCACCACCGGUUGAUGUCUUCGCACUUGUUGAUACCGGUAGCGAAGUCUUAUGGAUCCAAUGCGACCCCUGCGAACAUUGCCAACCACAGACUGUACCAAUCUAUGAUCGUACCAAAUCAACAACCUAUAAAAACUUAACAUACAGCUCUGGGUGUUGCGAUAGCCAUAAUAAUGUGUGUAGUUACCAACUCAAAUAUGUUGAUGGGAGUUAUAGCAAUGGCUUUCUUGCUACCGAGUUCAUAUCAUUCGCAAAUUCUAACAAUGGUAUCAAAACCACUCUCAGGAAUGUAGCCUUUGGUUGUGGUGUUAACAACAAUCUUUCAGCUAAGGGUCAAGUGGGUGGAGUACUAGGCCUUGUUGCAGAUGAAUUGUCACUGGUUUCUCAGCUACGUUCCAUUACAAAACCAAAAUUCUCUUAUUGCUUGGGCAAUGCAAGUGAUCCAUCUUCUAAAGGUAAUUUGAUUAUUGGUGAAGAUGCACAUAUAAGUGGCUUCACAACUCCUUUCACAUUCUAUAGCUUAUACCAAGUUUAUGUUGAAGACAUUAAAGUGGGGUCACAAAGUCUUAAUCUUCCUCCAGGGGCACUGGGCCCACCUGGGAAUGUGAUCUUAGAUAGUGGUGCAGUUUACACAUUUCUACCACCAAAAGUACAUGAUAAGCUAGCAGAUGUUAUAUCUCAGGAACUCAAAAGAUUCAAUGUCAGACCAAUUCCACCUAAAAUUUUAGGGUGGAUUUGCUACAGAGGAAGAAUUGGGAGAGAUUUAAAUGGAUUUCCAACUAUGACAAUAAGUUUUAAAGGACAUGCAAAGCUGGUUUUGGAGAGAUGGAGUAUUUUCAUUCAAGAAGGAAAUUCAACAUUUUGCUUAGCUUUUGCUCAUACUAGUGGUCCCAAUAAGCCAUGUGUUAUUGGUAGCAAUGCUCAACAGUUUUACAAUUUUGGGUUUGAUCUUGUUGCAAAAGAAUUGUCUAUUAUCCGUUCUGUUUGUAUUUACUAA